AUGUCUUCUUGCAAACUUUGCCACGGUCCUCUUGCCCCUUCUGCCUCUAUCAAGAAGCCACUCGAGUGCCAUGCCACUUGCAUCCAGUUCGCUUGCCCCGGCUGUGUAAAGGCCAACAAGCCCUCCUUCUCCAUCAUCAAUCUCAACAACCAUAUCUACGACUACCAGUGUGCCGAGUGCACUGCCCAGACACCCACCGUCUCUCUUGUCACACACACCAAGGUUGGCCCUGCCAACGCCACAACAACCAUUUGCUAG